AUGAAGGUGAAACCCCAACGGCCAGGCCAAGACGGAAGGAGUGGGCAGGCGACGGGUACUGUACGACACGGGGACGGUAAGGCGGCGACGCAGUGUGAGAGUGUGACGAAGGAUGAACGGGUGGAGGACGUGAUGAAGGGUAUGGCGAACGAGAUGAAGGUGAAGGACGCUGAGCGAGCGGCUCGGUACGUAGCGACGUUACGCCCGGCAAUGGCAGUGACGCGGUUCGUACGGACGGAACGUGAGCGGGAGCAGCGAGAGUACGAGAUGAAGAAGAAACAGCGCGAAGCUGAGGAAGGCGAGAAUGCGCGCGUUGUGGCAACGGGUGAGAAGACAGCUGCUGUAGACAGGGACGUACAGAUAACCGACGUGGAAGCUGGCGUUGAUGAGUUGAAUGCAUCCGUUUCGAAGGUAAGGCGUACACGACGACAAGCGCUACGAGCUGCCAAACGACAGCGGGUUAUGGUGGCAACAGCUAGACUGGAGAAUCGGCACGACAACGAGCAGGAGCAGCGCCGUAUCCGUGAAGUUCGGAGCGCAGUGAGACUACAGGAACGCAAUGAAGCCCUGGAACGGCUGGAGGAACGGCGACGGCAACGAGAUGAUCCAGACGGGAAGCCGGCAGCGAAACCGACGGACCAGGCACGUGUUAGUUUGGUCAAGCAGCAAGAGGAAGCGACGGGCGCGGCGUCAGCGAGGAGCAGCGAGGCGGUUGAGUACGUCGGUGCCGACGACGGACUCCCCACAGCGAGUAUGGAGAUUGACGGAGUUCAGAUGCUCGUGAAACUGGAUAGCUGUGCGCGUUACACGAUCGCGGGCACCGAGUGGAUGACGUACGGCGACAAGUUGACGGACAAAGCACCGGUGGACUAUGUAGAAGGCAUCGGCGGCUUUUUACUCGACGUCAUAGGGGUGUGGAGGUUCGAGUUUCGCAGUGUGUUUGGUGAAGCCAUUCGAGUUGACGCGUGUAUCGUAGCGGGGUGUACCGACGAGUUCUUACUCGGUGUCGACUUCAUGAAAUCGAGAGGAGCAACGAUGGAUUUCAAUAGGAACGAGGUGCGCUACAUUGAAGCCGGUCGUGCGGUCGUGAUUCCCUUUCGAACGAUAGACGGCUCAGGAGGACGACGAGUGGCGGUAGUGCGCAUGGUAGGCAAGCAGGCGAUAGCAGCGAAGACAGUGACGCCAGUGGAAGUGUCGGUGACUGCUGAAGACGGCGAGCGAGGUGUGUUCGUGCCCUUGAAGCACGUGGGGUCUGUGAUGUUGGCAGCCACCGUGACGACAGCGAACAACGGAAAAGCUUGGGUCCCAGCGAUCAAUGCGAACGACGUACCAGCUAGACUCCCCAACAAGAAGGAACUCGGGACGUGGAUACCAGUUGAAGAUGACAUGACAGUACUGUCAAUGAAUGAGGGUAUGAGCACUGGACGAAUUAACGAGUGGCUAGACGGGCUGGGCGAUGGCGUGACACCAUUACCUGACGAGAGUGAAACGCGCCGCCCACAAGCGCUAGUUCCUGUUCAUUCUUCUAUUCGCCGCCCAACCACUUCUCACUCUGCCUUCAAGAUCAAGACGCUAAAUCUCUACCCGCCAUCCGCCUUUGACAACGGCAUCAACAUCUCGGCUCAUAUCGACGCUGUCGUGGAGAAGAUUCGCGCUACCUGUGACGGCGUCGGAAUAGAUGACAAGGCGCUCGUGCGACUCAUCGUUCCGCUGUCGCCGAAUGACCGUGCUCUGGUCUCACUUCGCUACAAGGAGCUGCACGGCCAAACGCUGCAUGAACUCAUCAAGAGCGAGACGUCGGGUAACUUCGGCUAUCUGGUGCAACUCAUCACCUUCCCUUUGCAUCAGGCCGAAGUCUACAUUCUCUUCUACGCCAUGAAGGCGGCAGGCACCACUGAUCACCUGCUCUACUCGAUCCUCAUGGGCCGCAGUAGCAAGGAGAUCGGCUUGCUCAAAAAGACUUACUUCGAUAUGUAUGCCACGGAUCUCUCGGCCACUAUCAGCAACGAGAUCAGUGGCACCUUCCUCGCUGUCAUCAUGAAAGCGCUUCAGGUGAGCAGUCAGUGAACUACCAGUCAUAUACCACACACCGCAUAUAAGCUAACUUUUAAUAUCUUACCCUCACCAAUCCAUCAGGAACCUAUGGAUGAAUAUAAACACUUUUCCGACCA